AUGACGGACCUCAAACUACUACUGAACCAAAUCAACCCGUUCUCGUCUCGCCGUGAGACGAGCGACGAUUAUAAUGAAGAGGAAUUUAAGCUUCCGAACAUGACGUCUCUAGUCAUUAUGCUUGUAAUGAAUUUCCUUCUUCAAAUCUCAUUUUUCAUCGUCAUUUCAUCGUCAAGCAAAUAUACAGAAUACUUGGGAGGAAAUGCUACUUUCUCUGGAAUUGUCAUCGGGAUUCCGACAGCUUUUGCCGGACUUUCUUUGAUUCCCUUGACAAAGUAUGAUAAAGACGGAGAACGACGCUUGGUAGCUGGAUGGUCAUCUGUCAAGCCUAUGGGCAUGAGCUUCGGUCCAUUUCUUGGUGGCGUGUUGUACAAAGUCGGGUUCUCAAACUCAAUUUUCAACGGUUAUACAAGCCCGGGAUGGAUCAUGACCGGGAUCUACGCUGGCUUCUGGGUUUUGAUGACAAUAUAUUUUGAGGACAUCCCUCAACCACCAACCACCAAGGAAUUGCAGUCAGCAAGUCCCAUCGUUUCUUUACAAGUGAAAGGUGAAGACACAGAAGCUUCUCCAGAUUAUCCAUCAGCAUCUACCGCACGUCCUGCCUCACCCAUUGACGAAUCAUUCAGAGCACAACUCUCGCUGAUCACAUGGUUCCAGUGGGGUGUCAUUGCAUGCAUGUGCUGGUUCUCGAUGCUCUGUUUUUUUAUCCUGGGCUCUUGGGAAGCCAACCUGCCUGUGUUUAGCGCCGCUGCCGAAAACUUUCACUGGUCACCAUUUGCUGCAGGAAAUUUCAUCGCUCUCGGCGCAAUAUCAUGUUUCCCUUUCCUUCUCCUCAAUCUCCUAGCUGCACGUCACAUACAAGAUCGCACACUCCUUGCAUUCGGUACGAUUAUCGGCCUUGCCGGACUUAUCAUUUUUCUUUCCAUCCUUCGCACCGGCAAAGUCAAUUAUAGCUCGUUAUUUGCAUGUUGGUGGACCGUGGCUCUCGGUUUUAAUAUUGCGACCACUGUGACCCUUAGUCUACUCAGCAAGCAGCUCCCACCCGAGUGGAACGGGCCCACUUCAAUAUUAAUUCAAUGCAGCAAUUAUACUGGUCGUGUCACCGGCGCAAUCUGGGGUGGUUCGGGUGUUUCAGUGGGGAUGUCAAACUUUGUGGGAUUGGAGAUUGCUAUGGUCGGUAUUGGAGCUGUUUUGUUUACCGCAUUGUGGAGGGAUCUAAAGACGAAGACGGGAUAA